GAAAAUAACACGGAAAUGGAACAGAUCCAGUCGGGAAAUUACAAGAAAAAAAUUCAAUGCAGCAUUUUAUGAAUAAUCGCUUCUCCGAACUUGUAGCAAGUAGGUUUCGAUAGCAGGUGAAAAAGAUGAGGCGCUCAGCAGCUCCUAGUCAACUUCAGGGUAAUGCUGCGAAAAAGCCGCGUUUCACCCCUCCCGGAGCUACUUCUUCAUGUAUUGGCACAGAAUCCAAGCCUUACUGCCAACUUUCUGGCAUGGACAAUGCUUUAAAUAAGGUCCAAAAAAUUCUAGCAGCUCCACUUCUCAACAAAAGCGGAUAUGCUGUGCAAGCAGAACCAGCCUUGUCCAAGGCUCUGGCUCGAGUGCUCAAUGCAACAGAAAGCAAGGAGAAUCUUGGCGUGACAGAACAUUCAAGUGCUACCUUGCAAGAACUGGCACCACAACAAGACAGCAAAGAAGCAGGCCUUGCUCAAACAUGCGCUGAGAUAAAUUCAGCCUCAAAUACAGAUGGCAGUCAAAACGCAGUGCGGUACUUCAGCGUAGUCUGGUGUAAGGCCAGCAAGAAGAAACACAAGCGCUGGGAAGGUGACGCUGUCCUGGUGACGAAGGGUCGAACGGCUACCCUGAAAGAUAUGGAGGGCAAAAACAUUGGCGAGGGUAGUGGCUACAAGAUGUCAGUGCUGGCCUCUCUUGCUGAGGGAGAGACACUGAUGAUUGGAGCGAAAGAGGUGGAGGUGUUGGGAAUCAUAUCUUCUGAAGAUUUCGCCACAGGACGUUGCUUCCAAGAAGCCCGUUUAGAUGAAGUCGACCCGGUCCCCAAAACGGCUUCCCGUCCCUUUCAUCGCCUCGUAUCUAAACCUUUCUGCUCCCCUAAGCUGUCGCAGAAAGCACAGCAUCUUGAAUCACAACCAAGGGAAGAGCAUACCAGCAGACCUCUUCAUAAUCCACAAGCUGCUGAUGCUCUAGUAAUGCCUCGGCCCUCUUCCAACCACCAAUGGUCUUAUAACAAGACAGGGCUUCCUGUUGUUGAUGUUGUGGUUGACCCGUACCUGACAAGUCACUUGCGUCCCCAUCAGAGAGACGGCCUGCUUUUUCUCUAUGAAUGUGUCAUGGGCAUGAGAGCUCCAGGACGCUAUGGGGCCAUCCUGGCCGAUGAGAUGGGCCUGGGGAAAACCCUCCAGAGUGUGGCGCUGUGCUGGACGUUGCUGAAGCAGGGACCGUACGGGGGAAAAGCAGUCACCAAGCGUGUUCUUGUGGUCACUCCUGGCAGCUUGGUGCAGAACUGGGGUGCCGAGUUCAAUAAGUGGCUCGGACGUGAAAGGAUCAGUGUUUUCACCGUGGAUCAAGACCACAGGAUCGAGACAUUUGUGCUGUCUCCUCUCCACAGUGUUCUAGUGAUCAGCUACGAAAUGCUUCUACGCUGUCUCGAGCAGGUGCAGAAAGUUGAGUUUGGUCUUAUCAUCUGCGACGAGGGUCACAGAUUAAAAAACAGUAGCAUCAAAACGUCUUCAGCUCUCAACAGCCUGAGCUGUACUCGCAGAAUUAUUCUAACAGGCACCCCAGUGCAGAAUGACCUACAGGAGUUCUAUGCCAUCAUAGAAUUUGUUAAUCCAGGCAUACUUGGCUCCACCACUGCUUAUAGGAAGGUGUUUGAAGAGCCCAUUCUUCGUUCCAGGCAGCCCUCCUGCUCACAGGAGGAUAGAAUUUUGGGAGAGGAACGAGCAGCUGAGCUCUCCCGACUGACCGGCAUGUUCAUCCUUAGGAGGACACAGGAGAUCAUUAACCGCUACCUACCGCCACGGCUAGACUGGACCGUGUUCUGUAGGCCUUCCCCCUUACAGCAGGAGAUCUACAAGCUUCUCCUCAGCCACCGAAUCUUCAGAGCCUGCCUCCAGGGCUCCAUGCAAACACACACACACCUGGCCUGUAUUACUGCCCUGAAAAAGCUGUGUAAUCACCCUGCUCUACUUCACGCCACUGUCACGGACAAAAUGAAGAGUGAAUCAGAGGAGAACUCAUUAUAUGAAGGACUGGCACAGUUUUUUUCAGAAACCCACACCUCAGAUGACUUUAACCCUGCCGACUCAGGCAAACUUUUAGUUCUGUUGGACCUAUUGAAGACCAUCAGACAUCUCAGCCCAUCAGAUAGGGUGGUUGUCGUGUCCAAUUACACGAAGACACUGGACAUGCUUCAGAAGCUUUGCAAGCACAUGAGCUACACGUUCUGUCGGCUUGACGGACAAACGCCCACCAACCAGCGGCAGCGGCUGGUCGAUAGCUUCAACAACCCAUAUUCUCCAAAUUUCCUCUUUCUGCUUAGCUCCAAAGCUGGAGGCGUAGGGUUAAAUCUAGUGGGGGGUUCCCAUCUGGUGCUUUAUGACCUAGACUGGAACCCUGCCACUGAUAUCCAGGCUAUGGCUCGAGUUUGGCGAGAUGGACAGAAGAAGACAGUGCACACCUACCGUCUCCUCACUGCUGGCACAAUUGAGGAGAGAAUAUUCCAGCGGCAGGUGUCCAAACAGGGUCUUUCUGGGACCGUGGUGGACCUCGGCAAAGGCUCCGAACACGCCAGCUUCUCCACCAAUGAACUGCGCGAUCUAUUCAGCCUGACAGACACUCCUUCUCUAACUCACGACCUGUUGAAUUGCAGCUGCGAAAUGGACGGCUCAGUCAACGCUGUCAAAGAGGAAGAAGGGCAGGCUUGUGAAAAUCGGCCGUGCCAGCUCGGUCGUGACUUCGGCGCGUCGACCCAGAAGCACCUCAGCAUGUCCGAGCUGAUGCAGUGGAGACAUUUCUCUGGUGACACUCACACCUUUUCUGAUCCUUAUCUGGAUCACGCCCGAGACAACAUCACCUUUGCCUUUCAAACCACCAUUUCUCACCUGGAUCAUUAGCCACUAUUGUUGUUACGCGAUACUUCAUGAGAUUAGUGAAAAUAAAAUGUACUUCAUAAUAGCCCUUUUUAAACGUUUAUAUUUAACUAAUUAAUUUUCAUUGAUGGCGAUGGACAUCCACUUUAUUUUAUCCAGGUGUAAAUGGAUUAGGUCUCUAUCACUGUCAGUGGCUGGGAAUGAGUUAAAAAUAAUACUGUUUUGAUUAAAGCUGUCAAAAAAAUUGUUGAUUUAAUAAUAUUACGGGGAUUCUAGUUUUGCAGUGGUAUAGAACUGCAUUAGUCAUCCCUAACUGUUUUGAUGCUGUUGUAUGGACUGAAAAGAGUCACAAUGUUAAGUUAAAAUGUUAAUAAUAAAUAAAUAAAAUACUUACAGCCAUACCCCACUUUAAUGUCUAAGUACAACAGAGCAAUAUUAUCUUUGGAAAAGCAACAUAUGACCUCAUUAGAAUAGAUGAGAUGUGCCUAAAAAAUUAAUUGAAAGAGGAUUUUAAAUUGUACAAGUGUCCCGAAUCUUGUGUCUGGGAAGUUAAUGGGCAUUAAGGCUUUAUAGAGCAAUUGAUUAUUUUUGAUGAUUUAAGAAAAAAAAAACAAAAAAAAAAAAACAAUCCCAUAAGGCAUCC